UCUUCCGGUGAUGACGCAUGAACACGGAAAUGCCGCCUAAACUGUCACCAUCGCUGUUUCAAAACAUGCCCCAACAUGAAGAAGGACCAUUGAACAGCUGAGCAAUUUCGAUUUCGAAUCUGCCUGAUCGGUAGAUAUCGUAAGCAAGGUUUUUGGAGAUGGAGAAUGGAGUCUCAUCCAAAAAUGCAGAGGGCUUCCUCUCCAGAAUGGCUCUCAAUGACAACAAAGCUGGUAUGGAAGGUCUUGAUAGGGACAAGAUCAACAAGAUCAUCAUGGAGUCAUCCAAGGGUUCAAAGUUUUAUGAGAAUGAGCUGAAGAGAGAGCAGCAGGUUAACCAGCGCAUUGAGAAAAUGAUGCUACAAAAGGCACAAAUUACAGAACACCAGUUAAAAAAAGCACAAGCUCAGGUAGAGAGGAUGGCUGCAGAGAUGGACAGCAGUCGUGAUCUGAACCGUGUGAUUGUACACGUGGACAUGGAUGCUUUCUACGCAGCUGUGGAGAUGAGGGACUGCCCUGAGCUGAAGGACAAGCCAAUGGCUGUAGGAUCCAUGAGCAUGCUUACAACAUCAAACUACCAUGCCAGGAAGUAUGGUGUCCGAGCUGCCAUGCCUGGCUUCAUCGCAAAGAAACUGUGUCCCAACUUAGUUAUUGUUCCAACCAACUUUGAUAAAUACAGAGCUGUCAGCAAUGAGAUCCGGGAGAUUUUUGCAGACUAUGACCCUCACUUUCAGCCAAUGAGCCUGGAUGAAGCCUAUCUGGAUUUCACAGAGCACCUGGAAAAGAGGCAUAGCUGUCCAGAAUCCACACGUACUCAUUGCUACCGGGCCAGCUGUCCAGCUGCAGGUGAAGAGCGUGAAGAGUCUACUCAACAGGAAAUGCAGGAGAGAAGAGACUUCUCUCCAGUACUGUUUGAGGACAGCCCCAGCUCAUCAGCAGAAUCUGAAGGUGUCAGCACUGGGGGCACCUUUGAGGUGUUCGGGAAGUCUGUUGAAGAAGCUGUGAGAGAGAUGCGCUUCCGCAUUGAGCAGAGGACCACGCUGACAGCCAGUGCAGGAAUUGCUCCAAACACAAUGCUUGCCAAGGUGUGCAGCGACAAGAACAAACCCAACGGCCAAUACAGACUCCCCCCAACUAAAGAGGCUGUCAUGGACUUCACCAAGAAUCUUCCAGUUCGCAAGGUUUCUGGCAUAGGGAAGGUGAGUGAGAAGAUGCUGAAUGCUCUGAGCGUCACCACCUGUUCUGAUCUCAGCCAGCAGAUGGGGCUGUUGUCAUUGUUGUUCUCAGAGACAGCCUGGCAUCACUUCUUGCAAGUUUCCCUGGGUCUGGGCGCCACAUACAUACCCAGGCAUGAAGAAAGGAAAAGCAUGAGCACAGAGAGGACAUUUAAAGAACUCAGCAAAGUGGAGGAGCAGUUUUCUUUCUGCAGGGAGCUCUGUGAGGACUUAGCAGCAGAUAUGAAGAAAGAAGAUCUUAAGGGUAAAACAGUUACACUGAAGCUGAAGAAUGUGAACUUUGAGGUGAAAACCAGGGCCAUGACGAUGCCGUAUGCUGUUGCCACAGUGGAUGAGAUCUUUGCUGUUGCUAAGGACCUGCUGAAAACGGAAAUAGACAACGAAAGCCCCCAGCCACUCAGACUGAGGCUCAUGGGUGUGAGGAUCUCUGCCUUUGUAAGUGCAGAUGAUAAAAAGCCUCUGCAGAAGAGCAUCCUUGGCUUUCUUCAGCCAGGCAAGGGAGACUCCAGCAGCACCACCCAAGAAACAAAUCAAAAGUUUGAAGAAAAGCCUUUCUCAAACCCCUCCCUCCAAACCAAACCUCUUCCUUGUCCCCCCUUAGUGCAGAAGUGUCAAAGAGAGCAAGAAGUACCUGUGUGGAACAAGCAGAGGGUGUUUCAGGGAAGCCAAAUUAGCAAUGAACCCAAACAGUCUUUCUUCCAGAGGGCUCAAGCCAAAAGACUGAAAAUCCAGUCAGGGAAUGAAAACAGACAAGGGGAAAAACAUGAGCAGCAUGCUCCUGUGAUCACUUCUGCAGAUAUUUCUCCUCAUAAGCUUGAAGAGUCACCAAGAAAACCACACGAGAAGAUCUCUACAGCCUCUGAUCUAUUAGAAAAUGGACGUGCUUCUCCAGUAGAGGCCCAUGCAUCCACUUCAGGUUGUGGUGGCAAAUUGUCAGAGAGUUUCACCUGUCCGGUGUGUUUCAGACGAGUGGAGACCACUGAUCUGAAUACCUUUAACACACAUAUAGACCAGUGUCUCCGGGAUUCCUCAAGUAAGCCAAGCCAAUAUACAGUUUCUGACUCCGACUCAGAUCUGGACUUGCCAAGUGACCAAAGAGAAUGUGAAGUGGUGGAGAAAUGGAGCAGAGAGUGUGCGAUUGAGGAGGAAAAAGACAGCAAAGCCUUAGUAUCAAACAGAGAUGCUCUUCUGGAUCACCAACACAGUACACAAAAGGACUCUAUUCCAAAGACUUUGUUGAUAAAUAGUGACAUCAAAACUGUGACCUUGCAACAGCCUCAGUCAUGCAACGAUAAAGGCUGUGUACUCAUCUGCCCAGUAUGUCAGCUGACCCAGGAUAGUGAUGACCUCGUUAUCUUCAACCACCAUGUUGACCUCUGCCUGAACCAGAAGGUUCUACAUGAGCUGAGGGGACGGACAUCAUCUCCUAUAAAUACACCUUCAGUUACAAAUCCCAAGGCUGCAGGUAGAGGCCGUAUCCUGCCAACAGGAGCAAAUAAAGGCAAAACCAAAAGACGGGAUGCACCUUCCUCUCCGGCAUCUAAAAAGGCUAAAGGCCCUGGUCCUCUCAACACCAUUGACAAGUUCUUCAGGUGACAGACGCACAUGCUGUGGAACAUAAAUAAAUCUUUAUCAUUCUGCCUUUUUUCGUUUGCCUGUUUUAGCUAAGCUGUGGAGUCUUCUUGUGAUCCAAGCCCAAAAAGCCACAUUCCUUUUGUCAGGUGUAUUAGUUUUAUGAGGAGCUAAGUAGGCCUAAUAAAGACACUAACAUGCCUUAAUUUUUGUUUUCUAAGCCAUGUGCCAGACAAGAAAUUGAAAAUGACAAAAACAAAUCCAGUUUUAAUUCUGGCAAAUUACAUUUGCUAGUUGCAAUAUCUAUAUAUUUUAUUUUUCCAACCAUGUUUUUAAAAUAUGUUUAUGCUGAAUGGAUCAUGAAGGCAUUUAUGACUUACUGAAGGUUAUUAGUGCGUUUGAUUUUAGAAUAAUUUAAUUUAUAUAUUUUCUGUCACUUGUACUUCUAUUUAUUGUAUACUUGACUUAUUUUAUUGUUUAAUGACAAAGAUUAUUUAAUUCUUCUAUCAUGUACAACAAAUUUAAAUAAAUAACUAUUUUUCUGCAUUUC